AUGAAAGUGACAUUGACAGUGCCUGGAGUUCGAGGCUCCAGUCACCUGUUCUACUUCUCUGCAUCGUACUGCAAUGGCUUGAGUCUUCCGUCCGCAAAAUGUGGUCCGGAUGUUUGUGGCCAAGGCUCAGAGCUGAUCCAGGGAGUUCUUGGCAUGCAGUGCGCAACAGAAGUUUGUGACCCAACAGAAUGCUGUCGCCAGCUGCCUGGAAUUGUUGACUACCCAAAGGUCCAGUCCUGCCAUGGCGCUGAGCGUCUCUGGAGAAAGUGUCCAGACCUGCAGGAGUGUGAGCAAUGCUUCCCCAUGGACUGCGAGUUCAGCAUGUGGUCUGAAUGGAAUGCAGUUGGUGGCUGCUCUGGACUUUGCCAGCGUCAUAGACGUGCGGGCAAGAACAACGAGUGUGGCAACCCAUGCUCUGGUCACGUAAAAGAAACCAUCUUGCGGCUGGAAGAUCCAUUGUGCUACCCAGCGUCGUGUGUGAAGUCGAAUGAAGAUUGCCUUUGGGGGGCUUGGGACUCCUGGUCCUCGUGUGAACACAUGGAUGAGUGUUCCAUAUGUCAACUCGCUCAGCGCUACCGAUCCCGGCAGAUUUUGGUGGAUGCCAAGGGCGAUGGAAGAGCAUGCGUAGGAACCUGGAACGAAACCGAGCCAUGUCAGCCGUCGCAUGCCAUCGACUGCGAGCUCUCCGAAUGGGCAGAGUGGACAACUUGCAGCAAGAGCUGUGGGCUGGGAUGGCAGGCACGAAUGCGUCGCGUGAUGCAGGAGGCCAUGUUUGGUGGAAGGCCUUGUGCUCCGGCUGAGAUCUAUGACCAGGGCUUGGUUGUCAGACAAACGCAGCCUUGUAAUCAACAAAGCUGUGACGACCCAGUGCCUUGUGUCCUCUCUGAGUGGAGUGCCUGGGAAGGGUGCAAUCGACACACUCCAUAUCAGAAGUUUCGCUUCCGCGAUGUCCUGCAGACAGAAAUGAAUGGUGGAAAGCCUUGCGAUGUGAGCCUGAACCAGACAGCUGGGUGUCCGGAGCCUCUUGAAGACAAGCCGAAGCCACCAUGCGUAUUUGGAGAGUGGUCAGGAUGGAGUGAGUGCUCUGGGACUUGUGGUGGCCAGACUCACCGCUCACGGAGCAUUACAGACAAUGGAAACUGCAUUCUGCCGGGGCAAGCAAGUCGCACAGGCGCUGUCUUGAAGGAGACCGUUGCAUGCGGCCAGCGAGAAUGCUCUACCAGCAGCUGCCGACUGUCCAUGUGGGAAGAGUGGUCCAAAUGCACUUCUGAUUGUGGCAUUGGCGCCACCUGGAGAACACGCAAGAUCCUGGAGAUUGGCGACACCCUUGGCUGCAACACCGCUUUGGAAGAGGUGAAAGCCUGUGAAGACAAGCAGUGCGACGGCAUCGACUGCCUUUGGGGUGAGUGGGAGGCGUGGGGUGCUUGUACAUGCACAUGCGGUGGUGGCAUCAAGCGACGCAACCGUAUCAUUGUCGUCUCUCCCCGAAAUGGAGGACGCCUUUGUGAGCCCAAGGACAAAUAUGAGGUCGCACCAUGCAGUACCCAAAGCUGUGAUGAGUGCGUUGAUGGCCGAUGGAGUAAAUGGGGUGCAUGGGGCAAGUGUUCCAGCGACUGCAGCCCAGCGUACAGGGUCCGACAUCGUAACGUGGCCGAGCAUCCCAACAGCUGUGGCAAGCCUGCCACAGGCGCGGUGGCUACGUAG